CGCGAGCUUUCCUCCAUACCAAUUGGAGAAGAAGCUUAUCCGGACGGUUUUGAGAUUGCGAAUGGUCAAACUUUGCUGGAGUAGUCGCAGAUGAAAAAGAGAAGCAAUAACUUACUUACAGAAGUAAGAUGGAAGAGUCACUGGACUCAACAAGUGGAUCUAACCGGAUCGGGGGAUGCCGCCCACGUGCCCAACGCAAGGGGGAAGGAAGACUUGAUCCCUCAGGCAUCUCUCCGUUGGAUCAAUCAAUCAAUCAAUUAUUAUCAGUUCCUUCACAGAGGGUAUCUGCGCUCCCAGCAUCCAUCUUCUGCCUCCGAAGCAUACGACCUCUGAUGACGCGUACCACACGGAGCACAUGGAACGACGACAUACGGUGGAUCGACGUGGAGGACAGAAACGAGGAUAAGCGGAAGAGAACCAAUGGGCUAGCCAGCGAGAAAUCCAUCACGAGAGAGUAUAUAUACAGCACCGCGUCAACGCUGAAGAUCUUCGAAGCUGAAAAGUAUAACGGGAACUUCCUAUUCAGAGUCUCUUUAUACAGCGACUCUCGGAUCGGCGCAAUUCCCUUGGGCACAGCAUUUGGUUGCGGCCACUACCCCGACUCUACAACGCGCACAUCAAACUACCUUCAAAGCGAUUGGGUGGGAUACAUCGUAACAAGAAUACAAGAGUUCCUCAACAGUCUGCGGCUAUUACUUCACGGCCGGUUUGAGGGUAUCACGAGAAUCAUGUUGUGCGGGUGGAAAGCUGUUCAUGCCGCAUGGAUCGUAUAAUGUAAACCCUGAUUUGUCUAUAUUGCCAGCAGAAAAUCGCUGAGUGGCCGUCAGCACAU